AUGGAACAUACCAUUAAUCAGUAUAUCGACUACAAAAACUUCGAAAAGAUCCUCCCUCAAAUUGCAGGCGAGCAGCAUCAAAAAUUUGCCCCAAAGCUAGAGGAGCUACGAAAAGGUCGUGCCUUGGACCUAGGCCUUGGCGGUGCUGUCACUGCUGCAGACUUGGCAGAGGCUCUUAAAGCCCAACGACUGGAAGAUAUCAAGUCCCUGGCCUAUGAAUAUCUUUGCCGUCCUGACAAGCUUGGAAUCGACCCAGGAUGUGCCGCACGCGACUCACGAUUCGGGAAUUUGCACGACCUAGAUACAGAGGAUACGGAGUGCCCCUUGGAUCAUAGCACCUACGCAAGGUCUCGUCGCAGGCCCGUCAAUGCAGUCAUUCGGGCAAAAAAGAGUGAGAAGGAUCGCGAAACCAACCAAGAGCACAAGGCUAAAUGA